GGUAGGGAGGCAGCGAGGGGAACAUGACCUUGUCUCAGCAAUUUGUCAGCCUCAGAGCCAAGAGACUUUUAGUUGCAAUUGACCUAAAAGCAGUUCAGUCAGGUUCUCCAUUCGGAGUAGCUAACAGACUUAGGAACGUGGAGCGAUUCCAAGUGUCCCGCGGGUUCAGGACAGAGUCGCCUCUGCAUUCCAGUCGUUGCUCUUCUUACAGACUUUUGUUAGUUCACAGAUGUUCUAUCUCGCCUGAAGAUCUCGGUCAAAACCACCUUCAGGCUUCCUGCUGCGAUCAUCCCUUUAUGUCCACGCUGUCGCGCCAAAGAAAUCUUUUUAAAAGCACUACUGUCGGAUCACUUCCCUACCUAAAAUCUUUCUGUAACUCUCACGCUCUCUGGAUAAGUCCACGCUUUGAUAUGGAAGGCUCCUGGCGAUCUAACCUCUUACCUGUCAACCGAGCCCCACCUUUGCUCUUCAUUCUAAUGCACCGAUUCUUUUGCUGUGCUUUCACUUCACAGUAUUUAAUCAAGCACUUAACCACGUGCCAGGCACUAUUCUGGGCACUUAGGCUUGAGCAGAGGAAAAAAGCACCGGUGAACAGUUUAUAUUCUACUAGCAGAGUCAUUAAAAAAAAACAACCAGAAAACCAGUAAAUUAUAUAACAUGAUAGCAGAUAAUGCUAUGAUGGAAGAAAGUAGAACAGGGGAGAUUGGGAGGACAAGAUACCUGUUAAAUGGAGUUGGAAUGAGUAGACUUCACUGAGUUAAAAAUGAGUUAUCCCUGCAGAUAACCUGGACUAAGGGUGUAGUAGGGCAUCUGGAACAAAGGAGUCUACCCAGAAGUUUGCCUGUUGUGUAUGAGGAUCUUCAGGAAGGAGCUGAGUAAGCAAGAGUAAGAGAGGCGGGAGAUGAGGUCAGAGAGGAAAUGGAGGGGCCAGAUCACACAGGGCCUAUAGGGCAAGGGAGGGAGUUUGCUUUUUCAGUGCUUUUGUAGGAUUGUGAGGGAAGGAGAGACAUGAUACAAAUUCCUUUUUAAAAGAGUCACUGUGACUGACUGCUGUAUGGAGAACAGACUGUGAUAGAGCCUUGGUAGUAACCCUGAUGAUAGACAGAGGCCUGAAUCUGUGGGAACGGUGAAAGGGAAACCAAAUGUUUUGGUUUUGGAGAUAAGCCAACAUGAUUUCCCAACAUAAUGGAUCUGAGUGGGGGGAAAGAGUCAAGAGUGACUGGAAACUUUCCUUCUCAGGAACUAGAAGGGUAGAGUUACUAUUAACUGAAAUGGGGAUGGCUGCAGCUAGAGCAGAUUUGGGAUUGGAGAUAUAUAAGAGUUUGUUUCAGGGCCAAUUAACAGUGAAGUCCCUGUUAUGUAUCCAAAUGGAUACAUCGAAUAGGCAGUCAGAUACUAUGUCAGGAUCCCCAAGACCACCUCUGGGUUCACUGAUUUCACUGGGGAGACUCAACAGGACUCAGCUAUGGGUCAUGGCUAUGAUUUACAACAGCAAAAUGAUACAACCUGCAAGGUUCAAGAUGCCUGGGACAAAGUCUAGAGGAAACCAGGUAGUAUGUGCCAUGGCCAUGACUAGUGUCAGACUGCCCAGCAGCGUUUUAAGAAAGUCAGAUGCCUGGAUUGGACUCUGCAGGGCACUGCGAGGGACACCUUCACAUAAAGGCUGUGCUUCCUGGAAUCGAUACUUGUAUUUCUCUAGUGCCAACUCAAAUGCAUCAAAUUAUAAAACAGUCCUCCAUAACAUUUUCUCACUGAGACUCCCAGGGCUUUUAAUAUCUCCAGAAUAUAUUUUCCCAUUUUCCAUAAGACUCAAAAGUAAUAUAAGCUCUAAAAAAUCCACUAAAAAGACUCUACAAAAAGUGGAAGAUGAAGGGGACUCUGAUGAAGAGAGGGACCAUAAUGAGAUGAGUGAGCUAGAAGAGGAGCCCAAGGACAACCCCAGUGAGGUCAAAGACUAUAAAGACCUGGACAAAGUAGUACAGUCUUUCCGGUAUGACGUUAUCCUGAAGACGGGCCUAGAUGUCGGAAGGAAGUAA